ACGCUCUUACGUACUGGCAGCGCACAAUGCCAAAACGCAAGGCGGUCAAGCAGCUAGAGAGAAAAGACUCAGACCUAACACCGCCGCCUGACGGGUUGCUUGACACGAAGCCUGAGGAAUCCAAUGGCGCCGUAAAUGGCCUGACGCCUAGCAAGAAACGCAAGGUGAAGACGAAGGUCGAGGACACUGAGCAGGAGAUUGUUGAGAAAAGCCCGAAGAAGCUCGUGCGCGCAAGAAAGACCAAGGUCAAAGUGGAAGCUGAGGCAGAGGACGACGACAACGACGACGUUGCUGCAGGCGCCGAGAAGACACCCAAAGCGAAAGCAAAAGGCAGGGCUGCCGUCAAGAAAGAGGUGCAGGUGAAAGAGGAGACCGAAGAGAACGGCGACACUAAGACUGUCAAGAAGAAGAGGCAGAGCAAAGCGGACAAGGAGGCAGAGAUGGUCGCCAAUCCUCUGAGUGCCAGAACCAUUGGACACAAGCUGUUCAUUGGGGCCCACGUCAGCGCUUCAGGAGGCGUCCACAAUUCGAUCCUGAACAGUGUACAUAUUGGAGCCAAUGCGUUCGCCCUUUUCUUGAAGUCUCAGCGAAAAUGGGUGAAUCCGGACCUGAUUGAUGAGCAUCGCGACUCCUUUCACGCGAAUUGUAAAGAGCACAAGUAUGAUCAAGGUAAACACGUCGUGCCUCAUGGCUCCUAUCUGGUCAACCUUGCACAUACAGAGAAAGCACGAAUCGACCAAGCCUACGAAUCGUAUCUGGACGACCUCAAACGAUGCGAAAAGCUGGGGAUCACAUUGUACAACAUCCAUCCAGGUAACAACCAGUGCAACGAUCGUCCGAAAGCCAUUGCGCAGCUGGCGAAGAACAUCAACCGCGCUCAUGCCGAGACCUCCACUGUCAUUACUUUGCUCGAGAAUAUGGCUGCGGGCGGAAACGUGAUUGGGAGCACUUUCGAGGAUCUGAGAGACAUCAUUGCCAAAGUUGAGAACAAGGAUCGCAUUGGAGUCUGCAUAGACACUUGCCAUGCAUUUGCUGGUGGCUACGAUCUAAGGACCCCCGAAGCUUUCAAAAAGACAUUUGAGGAUUUCGACGAGAUCGUCGGCUUCAAGUAUCUUCGAGCGAUGCAUAUUAACGACAGCAAAGCGCCUUUUGACUCUCAUCGUGAUCUACACGCAAACAUCGGAACUGGUUUCCUUGGCCUACGAGCGUUCCACAACUUAGUCAACGAUGAGCGUUUCGUAGGCCUGCCGCUCGUAUUGGAAACACCCAUUGAAGUGCGCGACGAGAAUGGCAACCUCGUGAAAGACGAGAAGGGAAAAGAAAAAGAAGACAAAGCGAUCUGGGCGCGAGAGAUCAAGAUGCUGGAGAACCUUGUUGGGAUGGACGUAGAAAGCGAUGAGUUCCUGCAAAUGGAUCAAAAGCUGCAGAGGCAGGGCGAGCCAGAAAGAAAGAGGAUAAUGGAUCAGGCGGAGAGGAAGAAAGAGAAGGAUGGUAAGAAGCAGAGUAAGCUGAAUUUUGGGAAGAAGGCGAAGGCGAAGAAGGAGAGCGAUGAAAGUGGCGCGGAGGAUGUUGAUUGA